AUGGAAGCGGCUGUACGAUGGUCGCCACACUCGACCGGCGAUAGGGAGAGAUUCCUCCUUGUGGACGCCAACGACGGAAGCCUGACGCUCAAUCAAGUACACAGUCGGCAAAGAGACCAUAUCGACUAUUCUUGCGUGGCUCGUAUCACUCGGUUGCCAAACUUUUCUGCAUUUGACUGGUCAAAGACGAAUGAGUCGAUUGUAUCCCUUGGCCUGGUCUCAGGAAGUGCAUGUCUGGUCAAGCUGCGAGAGGAUGGCCGUCCUUCGGAGACUGUGGCAACGUUCAAACUCAAGCAGCAGCGAAAAUGCAAUUCGAUAGCACUAAACCGUCUGGACUGGCUGGCAGUCGCUCUAGACAAGACGCGCUCGGACAACUGCCUUAACAUCUACGAUGCAGCCAGCGAAAAUCCAGAUCCGAUCCGAAGGUUGUGCCCUGCAGAAGUUGUAUCGAGUGUACGGUUCUUUCCAAGCCAGCCAGAGGAGCUCGUCGUCGCGGCUCAGAGAUCUCUGAUCCGUCUUUACGACUUGAGGGACGGGUACUUCGCCAAUACCAACAACACUCAGGUCUCCACCCGCAAUGUCAACAACAUUGCAAUUGAUCCGUUGGACGAGAACUACUUUGCCAGUGCUGGAUCUUCUGACGACCCUUCUGUGAGUGUCUGGGACAGGCGCUGGAUCAACCAAACAAGCGUUAGUGGGAGCAACAACGGAGCCGUGUUUGAUCUCAGACCAGCCGUUGACAACUCCGCAAGAACCUCUGUCUGGAGUCUGCGGUAUUCGGGUCAACAGCGCGGUCGCUUGGCGAUAUGCUCCAGUAGAGGAGAGCUGAGAGUCAUUGAUAUGGUAGAGGGCAGUGACACAUUGCUUAGCAACAACGACUAUGUUGCGCAGAACAGCUACGGUGGACUGCCUUGGAGUUGUAACCGCUAUGUCUCUUGUACAAGAGAAGUCUCAAAAGCCAUCGAUGAUGUUGAAGAAAGCAGCGAACAGAUUGAUGAGCGCCUGAUCGCCUUCGACUGGAUCUCUGAAGACGGGAAGCUCUCGGAACAGCCUGUAAUAGCCUUGCGGUCGAGUCGAAGAAUGGAUGUCAUCAGAGUGCCUUCAAUCUUUCCACACGCAGCACUCACAGCUCGAGGCGAUCUUGCUCUCAAUUAUGAGGAUAUUGCCAUUACGGAAGUCAAAACACGAGCAAAGCCAAUGAAGCGUCGCGCGCCGUACGAGCACCAGCACAGCGCCGAAGACUUUGGGCCCCACGAGUACAGUGGUGAGGUAGUCGACGAUGAAGACGAUGUCCAAAAGAUCGAGUGCGGUCCAGGAUCACCACAGCUGGACAGUAUCUUAGCAACUUCGUCAAUUCAGCGAGAGCGGUGCUCCCGUGGCUACUUGUUUGACUGCAUGAAGAAUGUCGAGAUUGUGUCCGGGAACUGGCAGCUGGAGCGGCUAUGGGAGAUUAUUGGUCGCUUUCAGACGCAGGCAGCAGAUCAGGGCAUGAUGUCCGAGAGUCUUGAUUUGAGCUUCGCUGGCGUCACAGGAAUCUGUUUGGAGACGAUUGGCAGCGUGAGUCGUCGGACUCUGUCUCCAGCUGCGGGAAAGGUCGAGGAUGCCAUCUAUGACUUGAACGUUUCGAGGGAGCUGCCGUCGUUCAAAGGCGUACGGACGGACUUCCCAGAACACCGUCAGCUUGCGCUCGAGUUGUGUGGUUGGAAGUUCACUGUCGAGUCUCUCGAGACAGAGUGUCACGAGCUUAUAAACCGGUGCUUGUAUUAUCAAGCCGUGGUCCAAGCCGUUCUGCAUGAGUAUAAGCAUGUGGCGCUAAACUUGCUGAGGCAAUUGAUCAGGAGCAAGACUGUGCCUAAUAUCGGGCUCGGUGCGCUAUUGGCUUCGGACACAAUCAAUGAAGAGCAAAGAGAGAUGUGCCUCUGGAUGGCAGCCGAUACCGAAGAUCCUGCUUUGAAAGCUCUUCUGACAUUCUUGACGACGGGCAACUGGCGCGAUGUGAUGAAGACGAACUACCUUCACUUGGGUUACAGAGUAGCGUUGGGUCUGAAAUAUCUCAAUGACAGCGAGAUUCACGGGUUCCUGCAGAGCGAGACUGCUCGAGCGGUGAAGAAUGGUGACCUCGAGGGGAUUCUGCUCACUGGCUUGAGUGACCAGGCCAUGGAUCUCUUCCAGACCUACAUCAGCAAAACGAAUGACCUACAGACGGCCGUAAUGGCGACAGCCUUCACGUGCCCGCUCUACGUGAGCGAUGUACGGUGGGACAUGUGGAAAGAGACUUACUUCAUGCAAAUGCAAAGCUGGCGAGCGUUUAUUGAGCGCACUCGAUUUGUGGUGCAGCAUACGCAAAUGGCCAGAACGAAGGGAGACGAAAGCUUGAUCGAGUCUCCGCCAUCUCAGAUCACACUUCGAUGUGCCCAUUGCCAACAGACUCUUGCGAGACGAGAUGGGCGCACGCCGUUGAGACCUUCAGGUCAGCAGCUUGUGGCAUCGAGUAAGGAUGCCAUUGCCCCGCAGGUGAAGGCCGCAGCGAGUGCGGGCGUGUCUUGCACCAAAUGUGCCAGCACGGAUUCCACGCACACCAUGCCCAGAGUUGGUUCGAGAAGCACGUUGACUGUCCUGUCCCGGGCUGCAGAUGCAGGUGUAUGGUCAGGUGAAGCUCGGGUUGAACAGAUGGGAGCCAGAGUGAAUACAGAUGAGAUUGAGUCGGGUCCACAAUCAACCACAACACCCUCCGCCGCCAUGGCGCAAGCCCAAGCUGCCAGCACAGGUGUCAACAUGGAGUACAUCCCUCUCCGCCAUGCUGUUUUCAAGAUCGAGCCCGAUUCUGCUAACCAUACCUCUCGCAUCAUCUUCAACUCCAUCGAUCGCAAGAAGCAUCUCUACGACCUCCUGAACGACUACCACACCGAGUUCUCCCAGAACAAGCCAGGUGGUGCUGAUGAGCUCCGCCAACUCAUCAAGGACGCCCGCGUGAAGUGGUCCAUCCAGCUUCGAGAGACCAACUGCCGCGAUAUCAGAGUCAUGAUCGCACACGAGUACUUCGGCACCGGCCCAACCAGUAACAUCAUGGCACGCGUUAUUGCCAUCAAGCGAGACCUAGAGGCGGUGGGCGGCAAGGCUUACCAUCACUAUCCGUUCAAUAAGAAGAACACCGACAACCCUUGGGCGGUCUUGGACGUUGUGGUACCACGAGCCGGCAUCGAGGCGGUCCUCUCCAAGCAGCGCAUGACUGCACAUGCCAUUGCCUUUGACGACAUCACCGCACCUGCAGAGGUGGACUACCAGCCAAGACAGCCAGAUCCAGAAUGCCAGUUCUGGUACCGCGAUGAAGAUGAUAAGGUCACCGUCCUGCCAACUCCGAAGGACACUGUCCGCCACCGAAGCAACACGGUCGAUAGGCUCCGCGAGGCAAAACCAGGUGCCUGGAACCCUUUCAAUCUGGCACAACAGGAGUGGAAUGGCCGCAAGCCAUUUUCGGCCGAGAUCUAUGAGCCAGAGAGCAACCACGACUGGAUUGGCUCAGACUUCGCUAAGCGCUGCGAAGAACUCGAGCAGUACGACAAGUCACUCAAGUCGUCUCCAGACAGCGGCGAAGACGGCGCCACGAUAUCGUCAGAGCCAUAUCCAAGUAUGUCAAGCGCAUACCCAUACCACACCAAGAAGCACAGCGAGAAGCCGAACAUCAUCGACAUUCAGCGGGACUUUGCCAACGUCGAGAAAGAGAUUGCAACGAUCGAGAAAGACGUGAUCGAAGCGAGCAAGAAUCUCAACGAUUUCGUGAAGGGCGGAGAGAAGACUCGUGAGGAGAUUAGAGCUAGCCAGCAACACCACGAUCUACUCUACGCCACCCUGCAACGAAACAAGAUCCCGGCCCUUCGCAACGUCCUCAGUCACAUCGCUACCGACCUCAUGCACGCCAAAGCCUGGGACCCCGAGCAGCACAAGCGAAAGACAGUGAUCGCGCCCAAGCCGCGGAAGACAAUGAUCAUGCAGAGCGCCAACGGCAGCACAAUCUGGGAAGAGACCAUCCCUGACGUCGGCGAGACCGGAGACCUAAUCGUCGUGGGCUCUCCCCCGAAGGAAGACAAAGCCAAGACUAAGGAGAAGUGGGCCUGGAUCCAGCGCUUGUUCGCAGGUGCCGGUCGGAAGAAGCCAACACCACCACCAGCAGUUGUCACACCAGCUCUCCAGCGUAGUGACUCGGCUGUGAGCUUCUCCGCUGGCGUUGCUGAAGGUGUGCCGCUUGGAGGUAUUGGGGAGGGUUCUCGGCCGGUAGAGGUGGACGGAAAUCCUAUCAUAAGGUACGUAUAA